CGAUUUCUUCCAUUCGACCUCCAUGGGCUGGAACUCAUCUGUCAGCAAUUGCUUCAUCUACAGCUCUGUCAUCCACCAUAGCCACGUACCACACCACCACCACCUGUCGUAAUCCUCUUCCCUUCUUCUUCAGCCAAGUCAGAAUCUUAAAAGUUCAUAAAUUAGAAGAGAAGAUAAAACCAGACAAAAGAUGCCCUGGAAGAAGAACAAGAGAAGGCUUAUCGUGUCAGCUCACGGGGGUGGGGGUGGCGGUCUGGCAAAAGGGCGGCAACUGUAGCAGUUUGAUGGAUACGGCACCUGGAAGGUUUGUGUAGCAGUUCUGCGAUGCGGAUUGGAGUUUUAAUAUUAAGGGUAAUUUGGUCAAGCUAGUAUAUUUUAGUCCUAUUUUUGUUAAAUAAAACAUAGUAGUCCUAUUUUUGCAAUUAUACCUUGU